CAAUUGAAUUUUCUUGCGUAUGAAUUUAGAGGAAAGUUUUAGAAAUAGUCUAGCACCCCGCUUUCAGAAAACGAAAACAAACAUUAUUUUUAGUAUUUCGGAGACGGCGUUUCUUGUACCUUUUUAUAUACCGCACGUAAUUGAAAAUGGAUUGCGAGUAAAUUUGAACUAACAAUGGAAACUAUUAAGGAAAACGUAGCCAAAUACGCUGCUGGCGGUCAAGAAGACAAUUUUUGUCGGCUGUGCUUCGUAAAGGCCUUUAAACUGCGCACCGUGUUUCCGUAUGGAGACAAUCCGGACAACGAAUUGUUUCGUAAAAUUUCUAACCUAGCAUUGGUUAGCCUAAAUCACCGGGAAGAACCGGACUGUUGUAUUUGUUCUCGUUGCGUCACUGCUCUAGAAGAAUUUGAUAAAUUCCGACGUCAAUGUGAAACACUCAAUAACCUGUUGCUGGAUGCACGUGGCCAGUCGGACACAAAAAUUUUCAACGAAAGCUUCGCAAUGGUAAACUUUUCACCGGUUUCAGCAGAUCCACAAUCCAAUGAACCGUCAGUAAAACAGGACACGAGUAAAAUUGAUGAUAUUGAUCCGUUCGAGGAUCCAGUUUCCGGUAAUGAUGAUAGGGAUGAUAGGGAUAGCGAAACGAAACCCAGAACUAGAUCUGUUGGGCGUAGCUCCGUGUCCGGUAAAACCGGUAAAAAGAGAGGACGACCAUUGAAACGAACAUUGAAACUGGAAGAUGAGGAGGAAGAAGAGUUUGAGGAAGCGCUGUUUGAAUCGGAUGACAGUUUUAAACCAACACGAACUAGAGGUCGCCCUAGACGAUACAAAAAGUUGACAACAGUUUCGAAACCGAAAAAGGAACGGCUAGAAAGGAAAUCAAUUGCCGAUGAUACCGACGAGACAGAGGAGAGGAGUAAGAGCGGCAGAGGCAGCUCGCGUGAUUUCAAAGUUUAUAACGCGGGACACGGAUCGAUCAAUAUCGCAUUUCGCGGUUAUCGUUAUGUGAAAUUUCGCUACUGUAAAACGGGUUUGUCCGUUCGUCAUGGUUGGCAAUGUAUUGAGAAAGACUGUACCGCACAGCUUUAUACGAAGAGUACGGCUAAAGACUACGUAUUCUGGCAGAAGAAUACUUAUGAACACAACCAUCCAUCGGAUAAGUUGGAUGAAAUGAUGAAUACGAAACUAGAGGAUUUGGAACCAAUGGACACCGAAUCGGCAAACGAUAUAGCGGAAGUGCUUAAAAGUGGCCGUCAACUGUACAACUACAGCAUCAUACUUCUUACGACGGGAGAGAUCGUCAUGGUGUAUGGUGAUCAUCGUCAUCGUUUGUUGACAACUAGAAAUGAUGGAGCUAAAAUCUACGGUUGCACCAUAAGUUCUUGUCGAGCAGUAAUCUACGUUACGCCGGAUAACGAAAUGAAGGUGUACAGCGGAAGUUGUACUGAUACUGGAACAGCUUCCGAGCGUUCGUUCCGUCGAUCCCACAAAGUUAUUGCUUUCGAUGGGUACUACUACACUUUCACCGGUCGACGACUGGAGAAUAAAUGUCUGGUGUGGCAGUGCUAUUUAAGAAAGUCCCACAACUGUUCGACUUUAAUCUAUUCCACCGAUGAUGAUGUAGUUGUUGCUGCCAAGCACCUGGUAAAGGUACCUCACAAUCACGAUACGGAUGCGUACAAACUGGAGGAGGGUCAUUUGAUUGUCGAAGGUCGCAAAGGAUCACUGUCGAUGGAAUCGACCGAGUAUCAUGUGGGUAAAAAUCAAGCGGGGACGGAUAUUAUCAUCUUCGAAGGAUUGCGGUACACGAUUAUGAACACUAAAAUCGACGGUACACGUGCGUGCCGUUGCUUGGAGGACGAUACGUGCUCGGCGUACAUUUAUCUCAUUCCCAAUGGCACGGUAAUUAAGUUUGUCGGCCUGAACGAACACAGCCAUUCGCUGCCGGAACAGGAGAAAGACAUAGAUGAUUUUGAUUUUAUCAUCGAAACGAAACACGUGGAAAAGUACGCUCCGAUUUUCAAGUACUACAAGGGAUACGAGUACCGAAGACAGGUGCGCCGGGAAAAUGCCAUUUAUUACUAUCGUUGCUCGGAGCGAAGAAACGGUUGCAUGGCAGCGUUUUCGUGUAACGAAGAUUUCAGUAUGGUCAGAGAAAACAACGAACCGCACAACCACGAAAUGACCAAACCGGAAGACGAACGUCGUAGGAUCAGGCUGGAGCAGGACGGCACAAUGGAUUAUCAAAUGGGCACCUACGGCGAUGACUACGAGGUUUUGCACUACCAAGAAAACCGGUACUGUCAUUUUUACAACCAUAAAGAUGGUUGGCGCGUGUGGAGAUGCUACUCCAGCUCGCGAUGUAGGGCGACCUUGUUCCAGAGUUUGCCCGACAAGCGAGUUGUCGAUUUGGAAAAAAUACAACAUUUGCACGAUGGUGAAAAGCACCCCAGACAACGCCGCAAACCACAGCGUGAACCAACGAGCACGGCUGAGGAGAAACAGCAGUUCUACAGCGACUCCGACAGUCGGGAGAGUGCCGAUUGGUUCUGAGUAAUUUCUGAUCUCUCGUUUAAUAUCCUGAAGUUUUAAUCGAAUGCUAUAUUUUUUCUUCGUUGUCCAAGACAUACUAUCAAUACGAAACAAACAAUUCAUUCUCCAGUUACACAGUCUGUUAGUCCCUCUUCAAUUUUAACGGAAUUCGGAAUUAUCAUUAAACACUUGUUGAUUAACAAUA